AUGCCUUCUUUCUCCCAAGCCGUCGAGCUUCCCGCCUGGAAGGAGCUCCAGGACCACCAUGGCUCCGUUGGCCGCAACAUCGUGCUGAAGGAGUGCUUCGAGAAGGACCCCCAGCGCUUCGAAAAGUUCAGCCGUGUUUUCCAAAACACCGUCGACAACAAUGAGAUUCUCUUCGACUUCUCCAAGAACUUCCUGACUGAGGAGACCGUGGCCCUUCUGGUCAAGCUGGCCAAGGAAGCCGGUGUCGAGGAGCUCCGCGAUCAGAUGUUCGCUGGCGAGCCCAUCAACUUCACUGAGAACCGCGCAGUCUACCACGCUGCUCUUCGCAACGUCAGCAACCAGCCGAUGCAGGUCAACGGCAAGAGCGUUGUUGAGGAUGUCAACUCCGUCCUUGAGCACAUGAAGGAGUUCACUGAGCAGGUCCGAAGCGGCGAAUGGAAGGGUUACACCGGCAAGAAGAUCAACACCAUUAUUAACAUUGGUAUCGGUGGUUCUGACCUCGGUCCUGUCAUGGUCACCGAGGCUCUGAAGCCUUACGGCCAUCCUGACCUCAAGCUGCACUUUGUCUCCAACAUUGACGGCACGCAUAUUGCCGAGGCCCUCAAGAACUCAGACCCCGAGACCACUCUGUUCUUGAUUGCUUCCAAGACCUUCACCACCGCCGAGACCACUACCAACGCCAACACCGCGAAGACAUGGUUCCUUGAGACCGCAAAGGAUGACGCUCACAUCGCCAAGCACUUCGUUGCUCUCUCUACCAACGCCGAGGAGGUCGCCAAGUUCGGCAUUGACACGAAGAACAUGUUCGGUUUCGAGUCAUGGGUUGGUGGUCGUUACUCCGUCUGGAGUGCCAUUGGUCUCUCCGUCGCCCUCUACAUCGGCUUCGACAACUUCCACCAGUUCCUUGCUGGUGCGCACGCCAUGGACAAGCACUUCCAGGAAACCCCUCUGGAGCAGAACAUUCCUGUCCUCGGCGGUCUUCUGAGCGUCUGGUACAGCGACUUCUUCGGAGCUCAGACUCACCUUGUUGCUCCUUUCGACCAGUACCUGCACCGUUUCCCCGCCUAUCUCCAGCAGCUUUCGAUGGAGAGUAACGGAAAGGCCAUCACCCGCACCGGCGAGUACGUCAAGUACACCACCGGCCCCAUCCUGUUCGGUGAGCCCGCCACCAACGCCCAGCACAGCUUCUUCCAGCUGCUCCACCAGGGCACCAAGCUCAUUCCCUCCGACUUCAUCAUGGCCGCUGAGUCGCACAACCCUGUUGAGGGUGGAAAGCACCAGCGCAUGCUGGCCUCCAACUUCCUUGCUCAGUCUGAGGCUUUGAUGGUCGGCAAGACCCCUGAGCAGGUCAAGGCCGAGGGUGCCCCUGAGAACCUGGUGCCUCACAAGACUUUCCUUGGUAACCGCCCCACGACUUCCAUCCUGGCUCAGAAGAUCACCCCCGCUGCUCUGGGUGCUCUGAUCACUUACUACGAGCACCUGACCUUCACCGAGGGUGCCAUCUGGAACAUCAACUCCUUCGACCAGUGGGGUGUCGAGCUGGGCAAGGUCCUUGCGAAGAAGAUCCAGAAGGAGCUGGAGACCGAGGGUGAGGGCGGUGGUCACGACUCUUCCACCAGUGGUCUUCUUCUCGCCUUCAAGAACAAGUCCAAGCUUGCGUAA